AUGCUUGCACCAAAUGUGAAGACAGUUGCCGUCAUCCUGGUAAUGCUUGUGCCGUUUGUGUGUGCGUAUGCCGAUAAAGGAGGUAAAUAAAUAUUGCUGCGAAGUCAAAUUAAUUUAAGCGAUCAUUUUCUAAACAUUUUUGGGACUAAGGUUAAAGGGGAUAUGUCAUGGCGAGUUCCAGGCUUUGCAAAAUUUAUAACCUGGGCUGGGUUGUUCAAAGCUGAGGAAAUUUGAAUCAGAUAUGAAAGGUUAAAAGGCAAAUUCAGUUUUAAUUUUUUUGUCUACAAUUUGAUGAUUGGAAUAAGAUGUUCUAAAAUUGAUGGAGAGAAUUACCCAAUAAAUCGACUUAAAAAUCUACAAGAUUAAACUUUAACCCCGGGCAACUGGCCUUCGAACAACUUGAGGUAUUGUUAGCAAUCUUUUGUCAUACUUGGAACUCUAGAAGAAAAAUAUUAAAUUUUUCUUGCAAAGAAAGAACAAAGCGUGAUCGGGUUUUGGUCAUUUGUAGACGACACCUUGGCCAAAUUCUUUCAAUUUUUUCAAUUCUUUUCAAGUUCAAGCAUGGAUGUCACGUAUUUUUUUAAGAGCAUCUGAAAGAAAAAAAAACAUAUGUUCAUAUUCUAAAACUGUGACGAGAAAUUGGCCAAACUUUUGAAGAAAAUCAAGGAGGUGAGGUUGUUAAUAACUUGACCGAAAGAUACAAGUAAAUACGAGCGUAAAAAGUCGACCUUCCGCCGUAUCAUAACGCCCGUAUCAAGACUAUCUAAGUAAAAUAUUUUGCGUAUAUAUGUAUCGGUAAAGGAAAAUUACUGACUUCGGUUUUCGUGGGAUGUGAAGAUUGAAUUAUGCAGAUCUCGGAGGCUGUGUUAUCCACCUCGGCUGAGGCCCCUCUCCUACACGUCAACCGGAAGUGGACUUUUUGCAUGCAAAGACACUUAGGAAAACAAAUUUGUUCGCAGGGAAAAGGUCUCAUUUCCGGUUGACCUGCGUCGCUCAAAAACGUCUAUUAUGAGUUUUCGAUCAAGUUCUGUACUGGCAUUUGUGCAUUAUAUCGAUCUCACAACAAUCUCUCUUUUUUGUUACCGAAAGGCAACAACGUUGGUUUUAUUAAAUGCCCGGACGGAGGGCUUUGUGGAAAUCGUCAAACAUGCUGUUAUCUAGCAAGUCACAGAAGUUACGGCUGCUGCGAUAAACCACGAGCUGUUUGUUGUAGGGGCAAAAUGGACGGAAGGUGUUGUUCACAUGGUUACAGGUAAGUUUGCUUGCGCUUAAAGUGUACAACUACAACUUUCAACUUUCAACUUUUAAUUAUUGAAAUUUGGAAAUAUAUUACAAAUAAAAUACAUUGGGACUGGCCUGCAGUUAGCGAGGCUAUUAGAAGCAGGCCAGGCUACAUAAUUUACUACAAACUAGAUAAAUAAAAAGAAAUUAGACGUUAUAUAAGUAUAUAUAUUUUACAGUAAAUAAAUACUAUUGUACUUAAAUACAAGGAAAAUAUUGGAGAGAAUUUUAAAAUUUGAAAUAAAAUGAAACGAAAGGACAAGAGAAUUACUUUUUCAUUUUGACAAUAAUCGUAUCUUCAUCAAUAUAGGAGUCUUCAGUUUGAAGGAUAUCGAGUAGCGUUGAUUUUAGUGAUCCUUUAAAAGCUUUUUUUGGUCUUUCUUUAAGAAUUUGAGGUAUCCCAUUCCAAAUUUUGACCCCAACACGCGAGAAAACAUUUCGUUUGACGUUGAGUUGAGAUUCUUUAGUAUAAAAAUGUUCAGAGGUUGAGGCACGUGUAUUGUAAGGAUGAACACUAGAAAUUCGAGAGAAGAGUUUCAAGAUGUUAUCCGGAGUAGCGUUUUUAUUUACAUCAUAAAACUACAAACAUAUUCAUAAUAUAGAGCCUGUAAAGGCAGGUAAUUUUUUUGCAUUGACAAAAAAGGGUAUUGCGUGGUCGUUUCUAUCAGCAAAAUAUGUUAAACGCAGUGCGCGUUUUUGAGGGACAAGAAUUUGGUCCUGGAAAGUUUUACACGCGUUGCCCCAAGAAAUAAGACCGUAAGUUAGAUAAGGUGUAAUAAGUGACUGAUAAAUAUUUAGGAAGGUGCAAGUGGGAACAAUUUGUCUUAAUCUCGCAUUUAGCCCAAUUGUUUUACUUAUUUUGUUUGCAACAGAGUGAAUAUGAGUCUUCCAUGAUAGAUUUUCAUCGAUUAACAGUUCAAGAUAUUUAAUACAGUUUUUACGUUCAAGGGUAACCUUUUUAUUGCUUUCAUUGUCAAAAACAUUAAUUUGGAAUCACAGUUGAAUUUUUUUUGGUAUGGACGAAAAAUAACAUAGUUUGACUUUUUAUAACAUUCAGAGAAAGCUUACUUGAAGUCAGCCAGUUAUACAAGUUGUAUAAUUCUGCAUUUACUGUAAGUUCCAGUGUCUUUAAAUCUUUAUGAGCAUAAGGAGCGUUAGUGUCGUCAGCAAAAAGGAAAAAUUGUCAUUUAAUAUAUUAUAUAUUUGGUAUAAAGCAAGAAGAGAAGUGGACCUAGGACAGAUCCUUGGGGUACGCCGCAAUUGAUAUUUAGUUUACUAGAUAUAUGAGAGCCAAUUUCAGUAGUUUGUGCGCGAUUUGAUAAAUAAGAAUACAGCCAUUGAUUGACAAUUCCACGGAAGCCAUAAUAAUUUAGUUUAUCAAGUAAUAUAUUAUGAUUCACAGUGUAAAAGGCAUUUUUUCAAGUCAAUAAAAACUCCAGAUGAAAAGAGUUUUUUUGUCCAUAUUGAUUUGUAUAGUUUCUACCAUAUCAGGAAUAGCAUGUUGGGUUGAGUGAGCUUGACGAAAACCAUAUUGAGACGAAUAUAAUAGGCUGUGCUUUUCAAUAAAGUCUCUCAUUCUUUCGAACAUAAUUUCUUCGAAGAUCCUAUUGAAAUUUGAUAAUAAUGAAAUUGGCCUAUAAUUAGAAGUGUCGGUCUCGUCGUCAGCUUUGAAGAUAGGUAUAAUUUUUGACAUUUUAAGUUUUAGGGGGUAGGUCCCAAGAGUGACAAAUGCAUUGAGAAUGUAUGAAAAAACUGGAGAGAUGGCGUCGCUUCAGUAUUUAAGAAGUUGAGAAGGACAGAAGUAUAAGCCAUGCCAUUUGCUGUUUGGUAUAGAUAACAUUUGAAUUUGAAUUUCCGAUGGAGUUACAGGUUUGAAGAAAAACGAAAGUUCUGGCGAAUUGGACUUUCUUAGGUGCUCUGUGAAGGGGCGCUCCGCCGGUGGUAAUUUGCUUGCUGAGAUGUUGCCAACAUUUGAAAAUGUUUAUUUAAGAUAUUAGGUAUAUGUGAGGAAUUAUUGGCAAGGUUAUUGUUGUUAUUGUCGUUCGCUGCGAACGAGCAAAUUAUUCCCCUAAACACAUUUCUAAUACUUUCAUCAUACAAAGGGCAUAACAUUAUGCAAUAAAAUUAUUUUUUAGCAUAUGUGACGGCCUUUUCGGUCGCCAUAUUAACGUCACGCGGAGUAAACUUGCGAAAUUAGAAAGAACGAUAUUUUCAAAACGGAAAACGCUAUCACUUUGAAAACUUGCACAGAAAUUUAUUUUUAAGAGAUCUUUUGCUAGCAGGAGAUAAAACCUUAAAAGUCCUUACGAUUUUGGAGUUCGGAUGUUUGUGGUAUCGCCCCGUGUAAAGGAUUCCAGGACAGUCUUGGAUUCUAGAUUCUAGGAACUGGAUUCCAGUCUUUGUCAGCAGAACUUGUAUUCUAGGAUUUUAAUCUUUCGAGGGACUCCGGAUUCCUUGAGCUGUAGUCCGGAUUCCAUAAGCAAAAUUUUCCCGCAUUCCGGAAUCCGGAUUUCCUUUCAUGGGUCGAAAUGGUACGGUUUUUACCAGUAGAAGUAAGUAGGGCCGACAGAAGCAUUUUAUGGCGGUGAAAAAGGGGGAAAAACGUUCGGGUUUCGUGACUUAUUCAUAUUUUAAAGUGAGUGCAUUUAAAGCCGUUUGAGAUGAUGGAAAGUGUAUGUGAAAGGGAUACUAUUUGUCAAAAAAAAUGUAUAUAAUACGAAAGGGGUAUCUUUUCUGUAAAAAAAUGGUAAUUAUGUCAAGUGCAGGUGAAUUUCCUUGGAGUUAAAUUCUUGGGGACCGCACUCAAAGUUAAGAAAGAAAAAAAAAAUAGUCGCUGUCUUAACGUCCUCCGUAAAACACGCAUAAGAAAAUUUCACGUCGUGCUCGUGGAGCCAAGGUAAUAAAAUGUACCAAAAAGUGUCCUGCCUGCACGUGCAAAAUUACACGCCUUUCUAUUUCCAAGGACCAUUUUACAGCGUAGUUUUGCAGGGACCGCAACGAAAUUAACAGAAUAGGGUGACGGAUGCGCGCGCAGAGUUAUUGUUUCGCUUACUAAUCAUAAUUAUGACAAAAUUCUCAAAUCUGAUUGGCUAUCAACUGCCCUGAUUUUGUGGGCACUAAAGUAAAAAAAAAAAGGUAUGGACUAAUCAAAGUUUAAGAACGUUCUCUGUAAAGUAUUUCUGAAAUCAUAUUGUUUUUGUUCAGAGCACUCAGUAUAAAAGCACAGUCCGAUCAAAAGUGACGAUCAAAAGUGAAACGGUUUUCCCGCUCGACCCGCAAAAUAUACACUCCUGCGUUGUGUGCCACAAUAAAUCUCACAUGUAAAAUAGCAUCGCGUCAAAGCAAAAAACCUCUCUCCUCUCUCCUAAUAUUAUAAAAUUUGUCCCGCCGAAGAUUAAAUGAUUAUGCAUACAUUCUUCGGUCUGUUUUCGGUAGCAACACCUAGGACAAAAGGCUAUUGUUUUGGUGAAUUGGACCCGCUACAAUAGACCAUUUCUUGAUACGAUUCUUUCUUUGCUUUGCAGAUGUAACGAAGACGAUUUCACUUGCGUUGCGCGUGUAAUAAAGACGAAGCCAACCGACUUGGAUGCAACUGAAAUUCGUAGUUCUGAGAGAGAAUUACUCCCAGAUCAGCGUUUCGACUUUGAAUAA